AUGUCAUCCCGUUAUGGGACCUCCAGUCGCAACAUGCCUCCCAAGCUCGUCUUAUAUGAUGUUCGAGGGCAUGGUGCUCAGCCAUGGAUGCCCAACAUCUGGAGAAUAAGGUUUAUUCUCAAUUUCAAGGGCCUACCGUACGAAACAGUAUGGAUCGAGCUUCAGGACGUCGAAAGAGCUCUUAGCCAUAUCAAGGCUCCACCUUCAUCUGUACGCAGUGACGGAAGACCGGUAUACACCCUUCCCGUGAUUGUGGACCCAACACGCAACCCACAUUCCCCAAUAAUUUUGUCGAAUUCUAAUACCAUCGCCGAAUAUCUUGAAGACACAUACCCAGCUCGCCCUAUUUUUCCCCAGGGUUCUAGGGCAGUUCAAGCCCUCUUCGUGCAUUAUAUUCAAGAGGUGUUCUCGAAACCUCUCCUCCCAAUACUAGUCCCUAUGAGCCACCACCAACUUCCUCAUUCAACACAAACCCAUUUCCGUGGAGGACAGGCACCUGCUACGACCUUGGUAGGCCCACAACGAGAAAUGGCCUGGCAGGCAGCCAGGGAACAAUUCGAUUUUCUGGCCGCAAUAAUGGAUAAAAAUAAAGGCGAUGGAUACGGUGACGGUGUCGUCGCAUAUGGGAAUGAUGUCACCUACGCAGACUUUGCUUUAUGUUCCAUAUUAAUUUGGAUUAAGAGGAUGGAUGCCCACGAAGGCUGGGCCAGAGUGCGAACAUGGAAUCAGGGCCGUUGGAGUCGUCUUUUGGACAGGUGCCGGCCAUUCAUGGACGAGUGUUAA